CACAAUACCACUCCAGGAAUUUUACUUCCGGUUGUGAAAUUUCUGGAGACAGAGUAGGCAGACUGACUGAGACUGUAGACUGAGAAGAGGUUUGUCACAUAGAAAACUGGUCUCUGAAGAACAAGACAUCAAACACGUAUAUGGUUGUAUAAAACAGAUCCAAUGCCAAAGAAGUUUAAGGGAGAAAACAGCAAGGCUGCUGAGGCUCGAGCCAAAAAGGCAUCUGCCAAAGCUGAAGCUGAUCUGAAGAAACAGCAGGCCAUCGAGGAUGAAUACUGGAGGGAUGAUGACAAGCAUGUGGCGAAAAAACAACAAAGGAAGGAAGACAAGGAGAAGAAAAGACUAGAACAGUUAGAGAGGAAGAAGGAAAUUCAGAAGCUUCAUGACGAGGAGCUGGCGUCCAUUAAAAAGCCUGGCCCAGCCCCUUCAGCUAAAAUCACACAGGCAGAUAUAAACAAACAUGUGGAAAGGGAGCGCAAGAUGAGGGAUGAAGCCUCAAAGAAACAGAAGGAGGAUGAGGAACCGCCUAUAGAGGAGAACCUGAAUCGACUGCAGAUUGAUGGACAAGAGGCCAGAAGUGUAACCGAGGCUCUGUCUGUGCUGAGUGACAAAGCUGAAGAGGUGGAUUUACACCCAGAGAAGAGAUUAAAAGCUGCCUACAAAAAGUAUGAAGAAGUGAACCUACCAAUCCUUAAACAGGAGAACCCCAACAUGAAAUUAUCACAGCUGAAGCAGAUGUUGUGGAAGGACUGGCAGAAGUCGCCAGAUAAUCCCCUAAACCAGAGACUGGCUGCCUCCUGAUGUUCCCAUGUCUGCAGAACACGACUGGUGUCGGUCAACAGCUACAAGGAUCUGGGUUUAUGUGAUGCAGUAAAUAAACAAUUGUAUUGACUUAUUAAACUAUACAUCAAACGCCCCAAUUGUAUGUACAUGUAUAUUAAAAAAUACAUGCAAUUAUGAAGCAAAUUUUCAUUUCUGCAGUUUGAAGUGAAUUGAAAAUGCAGAAAUAGCAAAAUUAAAAAAUGAUGUGUUAAGAUAUAUGUAAAGCAGUUACAUUAUGUAGCAAAGGAUAAGGGUUAAUGGUUUUGUUAUAUAAACCCUUAUCCUCCACCUUAAAAGAAGAGAAGACUCUCACAAUACCUACCGGUAUUGUGAAUGUGUAAAUGAUUUGAUCACAUCAGAUGAAGUAGAUUUCUUUCCUUAUUAUAUAGACUUUUUAUGUGAAUGAUGUGUUAUCAGUUGUGCCUGUUGUAGAUGGAUAAUUUGGGAACCUUUGUAGAUUUUGUACUGAAACACACUUAUAGACCUGCCUCUAUUUGUUUAUCUGUGGGUUGUGUUCUGUUCUUUCAAUUCCCAUUAAUUUUGGAGGUACAUGUUAAUAUGUGUAUCUAGCAUUUGAUAUUUUGUUUUAAUUUAUAAUUAAUUUGUGUCAGAAGUU